CCCUAGCAUUUUAAAUUUUUUUUUAUGUGACUAAUUAUGAGUAGUCUAAAAUCAAAACGUAGUGAUUUGAAAUUUUCGAAUAAUUACUGUGUAUCAAAGUUUGUUGGUCUCAACAAUUCUAUGAAGAUAAAAAUCGAUUACAGAGCCACACGUAACAUAUAUCCAUUUAUAUAUAUUUUGUAUUUGAUUUCUGUAUUCGUGACAUUCAAUACAAGAGGUCACUCCCCAACAAUGAAAGAGACAAACCACCCCUUGUGGUAGUUAUUAUCUGUUUGACAGCCUUUAUUGGGUGGUGAUUGAAGGACCAACAUGAUUGGCAGGCCGUUAAGUUUGGUAUUAAAUGUCAAAAGAACAAUUGAGUUUUCAAAUUGUUUUUCUUGUUUUCAUUGCCAGUUACAUAGAUAAGAAACACAGUAUUCUUUUCAUAGAUCAAAACUACUGUUGUUUUCAUUUCUGGGACUCCUGGGACUCUUCCUUCUGUCAUUCCUUGAAAGAGAAAACAAAGGAAGUGUCAAAUAAAUCUGGAAUUGGAAAGCUUCAAUGUCGAUAGUACCGAUGAACAGACCUGUUGGUUUCUUCAAGAUUUCAAGCUAUGGGAUGAGAAAUUGUCACAAACACACUUGUACCUCCUUGACAGCGGCAUUGAAUUCUAGACCUGCACAAUCACAGACAAACAAGAAGGAAGAAUUCUCAGUAGAAAAUCAGAAACUCUCCAUUCCACAAUCUAAAACAAGUCCUUUGAAUCUCCAUUUCAACCGGCUGCAGCCAUUCGAUCAAGAAAUUAUUCAGGAGGAUAGAAUUGGGUUUGGACAGUUCGUGGCACGUGAGGCCUUACUAGACGAAGAAUUUUGGACGGCAGCAUGGCUGCGAGCUGAAAGUCAUUGGGAGGAUAAGACAAACGAACGAUAUGUUGAUAACUACAAAAGGAAAUUUGCAGAGCAGGAGUUUACGGCAUUGAAAAGGCGAUGCAGAAAGCAACAGAAGCAUAAAUGUACCUGCGUUGUGACGGUAAAGAAGGAAGACAAGAAUGUGAAAUGUACCAUACUGAAGAGUGUAGUUGGAACCCUAGAUUUGAGCAUCCGAUACUUGUUGCCUGGGGAGACCUUUCCUGGGGAAAGGGUGAAAGCCCCUCUCUUUUGCAGCUUUGACAAGACAGGCCAAAACAGAUACUCUUACAUUGCAAACCUCUGUGCUUCCAAAUCUGCUCGCCGCCAGGGUAUUGCAACAAACAUGUUGUAUUUUGCUGUUAAGUUAGCUAAAUUCAAUGGUGCAGAGCAGGUAUUUGUGCACGUGCAUAGAAAAAACCGACCUGCACAAGAACUUUACCAAAAGAUGGGUUUCGAGGUGGUCGAAAUGGCAACCCCUCAAUUAUCGAAAGAGCAAACUUUCUUGCUUUGCUUUGAAUUAUAAAACCUUAUUUGGCAGAAGUUUACCUCCAUUGAUUGUAUGAAAAAGGAAUACAUUGUCCAAGUGGCCACGACAGCUCACCCCAAAUUAGGGAUGACGAAAAUAAAAUUUACCACUGCAUAAAGUUGUUUUCAAA